GUUAAAACUAACGACCACUCUUUCCUGGAGAUGCUCGCACUUCUCACCCCGGCAUCAAUCACGCGCAGCUAAGCGCGUUCACGUUCUGUAUCAAGUGUGUGCGAGAUCGACACUGCAUCACAGCUCAUUCAAUUUCUAACCAGACGCCGACCAAUUCAUACAGCGAUGGCUUCCGGGGUGACCGUAACAGAUGAUGUUAUCACAGUCUUCAACGAGAUGAAGGUGCGUAAAGCACAGGCGAACGAGGAUGAGAAGAAGAAGAGGAAGAAGGCGGUGCUGUUCUGCCUGAGUGAGGACAAGAAGCACAUCAUCCUGGAGGAGGGCCAAGAGAUCCUGACAGGAGACGUGGGUGUCACGGUCCAGGACCCCUACCUGCACUUCGUCAAGAUGCUUCCCCCAGACGACUGCCGUUACGCCCUCUACGACGCCACCUACGAGACCAAGGAGACCAAGAAAGAGGACCUGGUCUUCAUCUUCUGGGCCCCAGAUGGCGCUCCCCUGAAGAGCAAGAUGAUCUACGCCAGCUCAAAGGAUGCCAUCAAGAAGAAGUUCACAGGUAUCAAGCACGAGUGGCAAGUGAAUGGUUUGGAAGACAUCAAGGACCGGCGCACCCUUGCCGACAAGCUUGGAGGCUCAUCGGUAAUCACCCUGGAAGGAAGCCCUCUAUAAAUUUAGCCUCAGGCUUCUGCUGAAGCCAGACAUCUGAAGGGGUUGGCUGUUCAUUCCAAUAUGGUUGGGAGGAGGGGCAAAGCGGGACCAGGAUCAUUUGUGGGACUUUUGGGGGGAGGGGUAUUGUGGGAGGGGGGGGAGGGGUGAAAGUGACAGUUUUCAAAUUCCACAAAUGCAGCCUGUCAUUCCAGUUCACACGACAUAAUGAACACGAACAAAACGCACACUAAAAAAAAGCAAUAAAAAUAUCAAUAAAAAAAAAAUACAAAAUUGAUGAAGGAUGAUGAUUAUGAAGACUAAAUAUGUAAGUGUUUGAGGACAUGGUUUUGUUCUUUCUGGAUUCCGCUAGAAUGACGAUCGCAGAGAAAAGGAACAGGGCAACAACUGUUACAAUUCCAACCUGGCUCCAGCAAGAUAAUGUUCUUAAUUAUACAACUACCUUUUUUGCCAAACUUCUAGUUAAGUUUUCUAAGUGUGUGUAGUUGAGACUAGGUGUAGUACAAGACCAUUAAUGCUUGAUCGAUUGCAAGUGACGCAUCGACGUUCUCCGGGGGAGCACGGUUCAUUUGGGGGCGGGGGGGUUGAACAUGCAAAUUACACGACUUUUUAAGUGAGUCCAGUUAUUUUUAUUUCCAGUUCUGAGUUAAAAUAAAUAAACCAUGGCAUUGAUGUAGUAAUGGAACACAUUCCUUAUACAACAGGAUCUGGUGGGUUUAGAAGUGUGAAGGUAAGGACGGGGGCGACGUAUUUGAACAACCUGUGUUCAGAAUUUAGACUGGUAUUGAAUGGUGGAUGUUUUGUAUCGUCUCCUUAUCUCUAAUAAAAAGGCACUAAACUAA